GAUCAUGGACAAGAUCGUGGAGGAGGCCAAGCCCAGGGUCCUGCUGGAGCUGGGCACGUACUGCGGCUACUCGGCCAUCAGGAUGGCCCGCCUGCUGCCCCCCGGCGCCCGCCUCUUCACCAUCGAGUUCAACGAGAGCUUCGCGUCCAUCGCCGGCCAGAUGAUCCAGGUGGCCGGCCUGCAGGACAAGGUUUCUAUCCUGAAGGGGCCGAGCCACGAGGUCAUCCCGCAGCUGAGGAAGAAGCACGAGAUCGACACCGUCGACCUGGUCUUCCUGGACCACUGGAAGGACCGCUACCUGCCGGACACCCGCCUCCUCCUG